AUGAAACUUGAAAAUAAAACUGAAGUGACUGAAUUCAUCCUCCUCGGAUUUAGUUCCCAACACAAAUAUCGCCAUGUCCUCUUCAUUUUAUUUCUAAUUAUCUAUGUGACAUCCAUGGUAGGUAACAUUGGAAUGAUCUCACUUAUCAGGACUGAUUCCAGACUUCAAACACCUAUGUAUUUUUUCCUACAACAUUUGGCCUUUGUGGAUAUUUGUUAUACCUCUGCUAUCACUCCCAAAAUGCUGCACAACUUCAUAGCAGACAAUACAACUGUAUCAUUCAGGGGCUGUAUUAUACAAUUAUUAGUUUAUGCUAUGUUUGCAACUGACGAUUGCUACCUCCUGGCUGCUAUGGCAGUAGAUCGCUAUGUAGCCAUCUGUCACCCACUUCGCUAUUCCAUAAUCAUGUCUCAAAGAGUCUGCAUACAAUUAGUAGCAGGAUCAUAUGUGGCAGGCUCAAUAAAUGCUUCUGUGCACACAGGGUUUACAUUUUCAUUGUCCUUCUGUAGGUCUAAUACUAUCAAUCAUUUUUUCUGUGAUGUUCCUCCAAUUCUUGCCCUUUCAUGCUCUAGUAUUGAUAUCAAUAUCAUGCUACUUGUUGUGUUUGUGGGUUUUAACUUGUCUUUCACUGUGUUGGUUGUCAUUGUAUCCUAUGUCUAUAUUCUGGCUGCUAUCCUGAAGAUUUCUUCUGCAGCCGGGAGGAAAAAAGCCUUUUCCACCUGUGCCUCCCACCUGACUGCUGUCAUCAUUUUCUAUGGAACUCUCUCAUACAUGUACUUACAACCUCCCUCUGAUACUUAUCAAGAGAAUAUGAAAGUGGCCUCUGUGUUUUAUGGCAUUGUGAUACCUAUGUUGAAUCCUUUGAUAUACAGUUUACGGAAUAAGGAGGUAAAAGAAGCUAUAAAAUUGACAUGUAAAGCUUUUCUAAAUUGGAUUCAAUUUGUCAAAAACUGA